ACUGGCAUUUGGUGUUCGGAAAGUCGACAGAACUACAAAUGGCUGACAUUGGACCGUAUACUGACGUCAUCACCGUGCGCCGCGAACAGUGCAAUGCACGCGUGUGUGUCAGCUAGAAGUUCUCCGUUGUUCCUGGCACCCAAAAGUCGUUACAGGAGGCAUGUUGUUGGCUUUUCUUCGCCUGCCAGCACCGGGAGACCUUUGAGUUGUUUUUUUAUUCACCUGUGGUCCCAACGGGAAAAACUGACGAUGGAGCAGCCGGAACCGACCACCGAAGCCCGGUCACAGGGGGGCACCGAGGACACAAACACCGGGAAACGCAAACACGACGAGCCGGACCCCCCGGAGACCGGUGGCCGGGGUAAGAGGCGAAGAGGAGCCGGAGGCAAGAAGCUCCGCCCGGGGGAGCGGUACAUCCCGCCGCCCCAGAAACGCAACCCGGGGGUCAGCUUCAGCCAGGAGCACUUCGACGAGACGUCCUACUACUUCGAAGGCGGCCUGCGGAAAGUCUUGCCUUACUACUAUGACUUUAAAACCUACUGCAAAGGCAGGUGGGUCGGGAAGAGCCUCCUGGAGGUGUUCAAGAGCGAGUUCAGAGCGGAGUCCAUAGAGUACUACGAGAGGGCCGCCAAAGAGGGCCGCAUCCGGCUCAACGAGAGCCCGGUGGAGGACCUGUCGGUGGUGCUCAGGAACAACGACUGCAUGAGGAACACCGUGCACCGCCACGAGCCUCCCGUCAUCGGCGCGCCGCUGAAGAUCCUGGAGGACGACGGCGAGGUGCUGGUGGUGGACAAGCCGGCCUCCGUCCCCGUCCAUCCCUGCGGCCGUUUCCGCCACAACACGAUCAUCUUCAUCCUGGGCAAGGAGCACGGCGUCUCCGAGCUGCACACCGUCCACAGGCUGGACCGGCUCACCUCCGGGGUCCUGCUGUUUGCCAGGACGCUGGAGACGUCCAAGAAGCUGGACCAGAUGGUGAGAGACAGACAGCUGGAGAAGGAGUACGUAUGCCGAGUAGAGGGGGAGUUUCCUGAGGGCGAGCUGAUCUGCGAGGAGCCCAUCCUGGUCGUCGCUUUUAAAAUCGGCCUCUGCCGGGUCGACCCGAAGGGGAAGCAGUGCAGAACCGUGUUCCAGAGGCUCAGCUUUAACGGGAAGACCAGCGUGGUGCGCUGCCUGCCCCUCACCGGCCGCACCCACCAGAUCAGGGUCCACCUGCAGUACCUGGGCUUUCCCAUCCUCAACGACCCCAUCUACGGGUCCCGCGCCUGGGGCCCCCACCGGGGCAAGGGGGGGCUGGUGGGGAAGAGUGACGAGGAGCUGCUGCAGGCUUUAGUGGAAGAGCAUCGCUCUCAGGAGAACUCGCUCCUGCUGGAUUCGAUGGAUGACCGCGUCGGGGUCGCGGGCGAAGCGGGGAAGGUUGGCGAAGCGGACCCCGGAGCGGAUAAAGGUGGGAAAAGUUUUCCAGCACCAGCAGGAGAUUGUUCUGGGAAAGAAAAGUCCGACAAGGGCCCGUCAGAAGAAGCUCAGAGCGUCAGGUCGGCGGAGAUAAGCGGGCCCCAGGACUCUGCCCAGGGAACCCCUCCAGGAACCCGAGACCACCUGUGCAGCGAGUGCAAGCUGGUGCGAGCGGACCCCACGAAGAAGGAGCUGGUCAUGUGUCUCCACGCGCUGCGCUACAAAGGUCCAGACUUUGAAUAUUCCUCAAGCUUACCCGACUGGGCCAAAGAGGACUGGGAGGACACAGAUUUCAGCUGACCUGAAGCCCAGCUCUCCUUUUAGUUCCUCCCUAAACACAAAUCCUUGGUUUUAUUUUUUCCCCCCUUUAAUACUUCUCAGGAGAUUUUCUGAAGAUCUAGAAACGCCUCACAGGUUUCACUCUGUUGCUAUUUAAACGUCUCCUUUGAAGCCUCGGCUCUGUCUGCAGAAAACCUUUAAAAGUCUGAAAUAAAUCUGUAUGGUGCUGGAGAAUUUCUCUUUUAUUUCCCGUUUGUGAGAAAAUAAACGCAGCGUUAAUUUCUC